AUGGCAGAGAUUACAAAAAAACUAUUCAACAUAUUAGACUUAACUGGACAAAAAUUCUUAGAACGGAAAAAAGAUGCCAUCAUGAACUUAGAAGCUCAAGGACUUGAACAUACUGUAUUGGAAGUAAAAGAAAAGGAUUCAAUAGAUGGAAUUCAAGCUACCAAAAUAAAGGUAGCUACAAAUCAAGAAAAGGCCAAAGCCUUAAUCCUCUUGAGGCAUCAUAUUCAUAAUUGCCUUAAAUCUGAAUACUUAUUCAUAAAAGAUCCCAAAACAUUUGAGUACAAUUCAACAUUACUCCGAAUUGCAUCAAUGUUGAAAUGCUGUGAGCACCCGGUGACUGAUGCAGAAAUGAUUGAACUCACAUUAUCUACUUUUCAUCCAUCAAAUAUUAUUCUGCAACAACAAUAUAGGGAAAGAAAUUUCAAAAGAUAUUCAGAUCUGAGUGUAGUAUUCUCACUAGCUGAACAACAUAAUGAUCUUUUCUGGAAAAAUCAUAAUAUAAGACCUGUUGGAUCUCAAACUAUCCGUGAGACACACUCUACUAAAACACAUGUGCCUAAAGCACAUGCUCUUGAACAUAAAGGCCGUGGAAAUUAUAAUAACGGUGGUAGAUGA